CGGUUUCCAGAUACUGCCUUGGUAUCCUAUCUCUUAGCGCUGGUUCUAAGUUUGGCUAACAGCGCAGCUUUAUUUUUACGGCAUAGAAGAAAAAAGCGUCUGUGACGUCACAGUGGGCACAAGAUAUAUAAGUAGCGGCCGAAACGACGGAAGGCAGAAUUCAGAUAAUCUUCAAGAUAUACAGAGCAAUUUUUAAUCUGAAAACAUCAGCAAAAAUGAAUACAACUAGCAAUUCUACUUUGUCAUGCCAGAUCAGCAGAAAAUCAAAAGUUUACAUCGCUUUUACGAUACUUUGUAUCUUAAUUGUAACUUCAGACGCAGCGCCAUACAGCAAGCACUUCUGGCAAAAAGUUCGAAAAUGCCGUGGCAUCGUUUUCUUCAAAUGCAAAUAUAUCUCACACUACUGCAACCCGCGUAUGCUGGUUAAGAGGAACGUCGAUGAAGAAGAUAUCGACGAUUCUACUAAACUGGUCAUGUCGCGGCGUUCGAAACGUAAAGGUUUCCAUGUAACUUGUCAGCUCUGCCACCGCUUCUGCUGGUGACGACGUCAGAGAAACUAUGACGUCAGAGAAUCUAUGACGUCACGAACUCCACCCACUGCAAGAGGCAUUGGGCGCCGAACGUUGUUGGACAUCGGGAUAUAUUACAACUUCCGGCGGCGGAUUAGGUUCCGAUGACCCGUCGACCUUGAUGGAUAAGGUCGAUGCAUGAAAACCCCCACAAUAUUGAGUUUCUUCAACCAAAGUCGUCAUAACAGCUCGAUUACGUGCCGGUUUGACCGCCAAAGAACCCGAAGUCGACACUUGCUAUCCAUCAUUAUUCAACUCUCAACAGAUAGCAGCUUUCAAGGCAUCCAAAAUCGAUAUAUUUUUAUUUUCUUUCUUAUAUUUAUUCCUUCUUCCCAAUAUACUGUUGCAUUCCGUCGAGCAAAUAAAGUACUUCGUAAAAAAUCAAA